UGAAACUAAACUCAGUCUCUGUCAGCGUGUGGCAGGAAAAUGGCGGAGGCAAGUAUCUCGGUGUGCCAGGACCAGUUCAGCUGUUCAAUCUGUUUGGAUCUACUGAAGGAUCCGGUGGCUAUUCCCUGUGGACACAGUUACUGUAUGGACUGUAUUAAGGGCUGCUGGGAUCAGGAUGAUCAUACUGGUGUCUACAGCUGUCCCCAGUGCAGACAGAUCUUCACCCCAAGGCCUGUUCUGGGUAGAAACACCAUGCUGGCUGAAGUGGUGGAGAAACUGAAGAAGACAGUUGCUCCUCCUGCUCACUGUUACGCUGGACCUGGAGACAUGGCGUGUGAUUUCUGCACUGAGAGAAAAUGCAAAGCCAUCAAGUGCUGCCUGGUGUGUCUGGCCUCUUACUGCGAAAAUCACAUUCAGCCUCACUACGAAUUUCCUGCCUUUAAGCAGCACAAAUUGAUCAAAGCCAGCAGACAACUAGAGGAGAUGAUUUGCUCUCAUCAUGACAAAGUGAUGGAGGUUUACUGUCGUACUGAUCAGCAGUGUAUCUGUUAUCUGUGUACAAUGGAUGAACACAGAGGCCACGAUACAGUCUCAGCUACAGCAGAAAGGACUGAGAAACAGAAGCAGCUGGGAGAGACACGGAGGUAAUUCCAGCAGAGAAUCCAGGAGAGAGAGAAGUAGCUGCAGGAUCUGAGACAGGCUGUGGAGUCGCUCACGGUGGGUACUGACCAGAGGAG